GCGGCCGGGCCCCGGAUCCCGCCCGCCCGGGAGUCGCUGGCGAGGUGUGGUACGGCUGAGCCUGCUUCCUGGGUUACCUGCACCCACAUAACCACCACCUGGGGACAGGUCCUCCUGACCUGGCCGCAACGGGGACGCCAUGGAGCGCUCCCUGCACCGAGUCUCCCUCGGGAGCCGGCGCGCCCACCCGAACUUGUCCUUCUAUCUCACCACCUUUGGUCAGCUGAAGCUGUCCAUCGGUGCCCAGGAUCGGGUUCUGCUGCUACACGUUAUAGAAGGCAAAGGCCUGAUAAGCAAGAAGCCUGGCAUCUGUGAUCCCUAUGUGAAGAUUUCUUUGAUCCCUGAAGACAGCCAGCUCUGCUGCCAGACGACGCAGGUCAUUCGGGACUGCAGAGACCCAGCUUUCCACGAGCACUUCUUCUUUCCUGUCCCAGAGGAGGGUGAUCAGAAGCGACUUCUGGUGACAGUGUGGAACCAGGCCAGUGAGACCAGGCAGCAUGCGCUCAUUGGCUGCAUGAGCUUUGGGGUGAGGUCUCUCUUGACUCCGGACAAGGAGAUCAGUGGCUGGUACUAUCUGCUAGGGGAGGACCUGGGUCGGACCAAGCAUCUCAAGGUGGCUAGGCGGCGGCUCCAGCCACUGAGAGAUGUGCUGUUGAGAAUGCCAGGAGAUGGGGACCCUGAGAAUGGGGAGAAGCUUCAGAUCACCAUCCGGAGGGGAAAAGACGGCUUUGGCUUCACCAUCUGCUGUGACUCUCCGGUCCGAGUCCAGGCUGUGGAUUCUGGGGGCCCAGCAGAGAGGGCGGGGCUGCAGCAGCUGGACACAGUACUACAGCUGAAUGAGAGGCCCGUGGAACACUGGAAAUGUGUGGAGCUGGCACACGAGAUCCGGAGCUGUCCCAGCGAGAUCAUCCUGCUCGUGUGGCGUGUGGUCCCCCAGAUCAAGCCAGGACCAGAUGGCGGAGUCUUGAGGCGGGCCUCCUGCAAGUCCACACAUGAUCUCCUGUCACCCCCUAACAAGAGGGAGAAGAACUGUACUCAUGGGGCCCCGACACGUCCCGAGCAGCGCCACAGCUGCCACCUGGUGUGCGACAGCUCUGAUGGGCUACUGCUCGGCGGCUGGGAGCGCUACACUGAGGUGGGCAAGCGCAGCGGCCAGCAUACCCUGCCUGCACUGUCCCGGGCCACCACUCCUACUGACCCCAACUACAUCAUCCUGGCCCCACUGAAUCCUGGAAGCCAGUUGCUGCGGCCUGUGUACCAGGAGGAUGCCAUCCCUGAAGAACCGGGGACUACUACUAAAGGGAAGUCGUACACUGGCCUGGGCAAGAAGUCUCGGUUGAUGAAGACAGUGCAGACCAUGAAGGGCCACAGCAACUACCAAGAUUGCUCAGCCCUGAGACCACACAUCCCACAUUCAAGUUAUGGCACCUAUGUCACCCUGGCCCCCAAAGUCCUGGUAUUCCCUGUCUUUGUGCAGCCCCUAGAUCUCUGUAACCCUGCUCGGACUCUCCUGCUGUCAGAGGAGCUGCUGCUCUAUGAGGGGAGGAACAAGACUUCCCAGGUGACACUAUUUGCCUACUCGGACCUGCUGCUGUUCACUAAGGAGGAGGAACCAGGCCGCUGCGACGUCCUGAGAAACCCCCUCUACCUCCAGAGUGUGAAGCUACAGGAGGGUUCUUCAGAAGACUUGAAAUUCUGUGUGCUGUACCUGGCAGAGAAGGCAGAGUGCUUAUUCACUUUGGAGGCUCACUCGCAGGAGCAGAAGAAGAGAGUGUGCUGGUGCCUGUCGGAGAACAUCGCCAAGCAGCAACAGCUGGCUGCAACGCCUACGGAGAGGAAGAAACUUCACCCUUACGGCUCUCUCCAGCAGGAGAUGGGGCCAGUCACCUCCAUCAAUGCCACCCAGGAUAGAAGCUUUACCUCAUCAGGACAGACUCUGAUUGGCUGAGCAAGCCCAAGGGCGGGACUAUGCUUCUGGCAACUUUGGGGCUUCCCCUAUCACACAGUAACCUCAUCUCAACUGGACCCAAAACAGAAGACCAAGAUGGUGGGCCUAGGGUCAUCUGGAGGGAGUGGUCCCGUGGGUGUGUGUGCACCUGGCAACAGGAGGAACAGUGGUAUGAGAGACCCUGUGGGUUUGUGCAGACUGGUACCAGGAAGUCCUGGAUGGAGACGACGCCAAAGCAAGCUCCCUUCAGGAGGCUAAAUGGCACCUGGGCACCUUCCUGGGCACAGCAGGAAAGAGGGAGAGGGCACUCAAAUGGAAGACAAUGCCUGUGACUCAUUCCUGCCGGAAGAUAUCUCCCCUUCCCACUCCUAUUUCAAAUGGACUCAUUUACAUCCUCAGUCAGCGGGUGCUGGGGGACAUCUCCUUUGUGCUAGUGUGUAUGCUAGAGGAUGCUGUGCUCCCACCAGGAUCCCAGCCCUCCCCGUCCCGGCAGGGAGACAGCACUAAAUAAAUCCACACUGAAACAUGACCACACACUGCAGGCGUCUGUACAGAAACACCACAGGGCAUUAUGUCCAGUUGCUAUGUGUGGGGUGGGAAGGGGAACAGCUCGAGGUGAGGUCUAUGAGCUGGAAAGGAGCUAGCCAGCCAAGGACUUUGGAGAGAGCAUUCCAGGCAGUGGAAAAAGCACAGGAAGAGACGAGAAGGAGGGGGCAUGGUGUGCUGAGGAACAGCGGGAGGCCGGUGUAGCAGCAACUUUGUGAGGAGGAGAAUGGAGCCAGGUCAUGCUCUUCAGGACAUAGACCGUGAUGGCUUUGUGGAUUCCUACCUACAGUAGGGGCCGUGGAAGAAAGGCUUGAGGAAGGGUGUCACAGAGCCCUCCAGUGCAUGUCUACAAGAUCAGACUGCAGUUAGGAGGGGCCCAAGUGGCUGUGAGACUGGUUAGGGCCCCCCCUCAGGCCUCUCGGGUGAGGGAUGAUGGUAACUUGUUCUAGAGGGUGCUGGGAUGGUAGGUCUUGGAAAGGUAAUCUCUGGGAUAAAGAGUGACUGCUCACCCUUGCCUGCCCUCGUGCUCCACUGGGUCUUGCUCUCUAGGGGCUGUGAGGUUUGAGGUCCCCCUCCUAGAGACUCCUCUGCCCAGGCCAGAGCUUGAGCCAGUGUUGAGCCUUGGGGAUGUCCACGAGCACUGGAACAGUAAAGCUUAAUUUUCUCAAGAUGGGAAAGGAAGGUUCAUGUUUCCCCUGCUCCCAGGCUCCAUAGAGAUCGCCUGUAUUUGCUCUACCUUUCAUGCCUAGGGAAGGAAGCCGGGGCCUUGCACUCUAAGAACUCCCACUUUUUUGCUUUCUGUAGGGCUUCUAAGGGCCAGGGGCCAGUGGCCAGGGCCAGAUGCAGCUCAGCAAUCUUCACUGAGACAAGGUGAAAGGUGCCCACGCCCAGGGAUGAGAGCUGGGCCCACUCCCAUCCACCCAGCUGGGGCUCUGGGCAAGGUAGCUCACCCUUUUCUAACUGUAGAGAUCCAGCAGGACAGAAUCUCAAGGCUGUGGAUCAGAGGGACAAGGGCCAUAUGCUAGAGAGGUACCGAGGGCUCAGAGACAGAAAGCUACAGUGAUAGCUAAGGCCGAAGAAGGCCCCAGCCUUCGUCAUGAGGACCUUAAGGAAGAUGCUGUGCUCUUUGGGGUUUGCUAACUGCUAGAGCCACCUGAACCCCUAAAGAGUGGCCCAGGAGAGAGUUUGUCCCUUACUUUCCGUUUCUCUUCCUUCCGACAUUGGAAACGUGUGCCAUGCUGAGUUAUCGGUCUCACAGGGAGUGGCGUGAAUCCGCAGGGAUCAGGCUAAUGCCCAGCCCAGCGAGCAGAGAUUGACGCCGUUCAAGGGAUGUGUAGCACCACACCGCCGGCCAAUGAUCAGCCCGCAGGGUGAUUCCGAGCGGCCGGGUCUGUGCAGACAGCAAACUACGCUUUGAUUUCGUUUGAUUCUCUCACCUAACGACUGUAAGUUCAUGAAGCACAGGAGAACCACCUGUGUGGGGAAUCAGCCGUCUUGUCUCACCCGGGUCCGGCGACCAACCUCUGUCUGACAGAUGGGUACAGAAGACGUAAGAGCUCUUGACUCAGAAAAAUGGAGAAUCUGAACGUAACACCCAUCCCUGGGGAUGGGCCGUUCUCCUCCUGAUAAGCUCCUCCUGAGUAGAAUAGAUUCUCUCAUCAAGCUCCCAGGCCUGCUGGCUGAUGGGGAAGAAAACAGGUGCUCCUGGCAGGUCCUGGGCUAGCUUGCUCGGUGACUGUGGUGUGUCACAGCACUAUAGCCAUCUUGCUUCAUCAAUCAAUGGGACAAUUCAUUUGGUGUCAUGGGCCCGAGAAGAUGAAAUAUGACCUGGUGGCCUCCACUCUUCAGUCUAUCCCAGCCGUUCAAGAGGAAGAACAGCUCUCAACGUUGCCUCAGAGAGUCAUAAUCACGGGAAACAUGGCCGGGCUCCUCCCUGACACGUAAAUCAUGCUAAGAGGCACACAAUGACUUCUUUCCUGAUGGGCUGAUGGUCUUGGGUGGUGUCUCUGGCCCAGGAGCUGGGAGGAUGGGAGCACAACCACUUUAUUGUUGAGAGGCCAUCUGUGAGAUCUGAAUACAAAGUGCCCCUUCUAGUCUCCUACGUGUUCUUGGAUCCCAUUUCUGGGUCUCUGGGCUCUGAGUCCUUUGAACCCCAUUUCUCAUAUAAGCCGUCAUGCCUGAGUCUUUCGGCCCUUUGGGAGCUGGAAUUACAGACCUUCUGAGAAUGGUGAUA